UCCUUGGUUUGGCUUGGAUAUUGGAGGGACCUUGGUCAAACUUGUUUAUUUUGAACCAAAGGACAUCACUGCUGAAGAAGAGGAGGAAGAAGUGGAAAAUCUCAAAAGCAUCCGCAAAUACCUGACAUCAAAUGUAGCCUAUGGAUCCACAGGCAUUCGGGAUGUGCACCUUGAACUAAAGGACCUUACCCUGUGUGGACGUAAAGGCAAUCUGCACUUUAUACGCUUUCCUACUCAUGACAUGCCUGCUUUUAUUCAAAUGGGAAGCGAAAAACACUUCUCAAGCCUCCAUACUACCUUAUGUGCCACGGGAGGUGGAGCGUACAAAUUUGAGCAGGACUUUCUCACAAUGGGUGACCUUCAGCUUUGUAAGCUCGAUGAACUCGAUUGCCUUAUUAAAGGAGUUUUGUACAUUGAUUCAGUUGGAUUCAAUGGACAUUCAGAGUGCUACUAUUUUGAAAACCCGACGGAUGCUGAAAGAUGUCAGAAGCUCCCAUUCAACUUGGAGAAUCCGUAUCCUCUCCUUUUGGUGAACAUUGGCUCAGGGGUCAGCAUUUUGGCUGUGUAUUCAAAAGAAAACUAUAAACGGGUAACGGGUACCAGCCUUGGAGGGGGAACCUUUUUUGGUCUCUGCUGCCUUCUUACCGGUUGCUCCACCUUUGAAGAGGCCCUAGAGAUGGCCUCCCAUGGAGACAGUACCAAAGUGGACAAACUAGUGCGGGACAUUUACGGAGGAGACUACGAGCGAUUUGGAUUGCCAGGCUGGGCUGUAGCUUCCAGCUUUGGAAACAUGAUGAGCAAGGAGAAGCGGGAAUCUGUCAGCAAAGAGGACCUCGCGAAGGCUACUUUAAUAACCAUCACCAAUAACAUUGGCUCCAUAGCACGGAUGUGUGCACUUAAUGAGAACAUUAAUCGAGUGGUGUUUGUUGGCAAUUUCCUUCGGAUCAAUACAAUCUCAAUGAGGCUUCUGGCAUAUGCGUUGGACUACUGGUCAAAGGGACAGUUAAAAGCACUUUUCUUGGAACAUGAGGGUUAUUUUGGUGCAGUCGGUGCUCUUCUGGAACUCCUGGAUUCAGCCUGACUCCGUGCAGAUCCUGGACGUUGCAUCUAUGAAGUCAGGGGCGCUUCCUGGGUCACCUUUUGCUUCAAAGCGUCUGUUGAGUGACUGUUAAACUAAUUGUGCGUGAACUAAUGAGAAAAGGAAAGGACUGUUGCGUUUCUGUCUGUAAAGAGUUGAAACCAAUCGUCAGUUACAGCACAGGUUUGUUCAGAAGGAGUGUAUCUGCAAAUACGCCGAGGGAAGGUGGUGGUUGUGUCUGGAACAUCUGUAGGGCAUUUAGUCAUUGACACCAAAUAGCCCUUUUUUGUGUAGUUUUCUACAUAUGUUUAAAGGUGGUGACGUGGCAGAGGACUUGCACUCUGUUCCCUCCAUCAAGGUUCCCCCGAGUGCUGCAGUGCCUACCCACUUCACAGGGUUCAGCUGCAGCGUCUUACGUUCCUCAGAGGAAGGGCACGGCGUUCACACUCUGCUCUUAGCUCUCUGUAAAGGGGAAGGAACCUCAGCACAGCCCUGGCACGUGGCAACCGUAUGGCCCACCUCUGUCCCCUCUGACCCACGCAGUGGCCUCUCAGACACCGUUGUGCUAUCCGUGAGGCUUUAUUCCUGUUAGUGCAGGUUCUUACCUUUGUACGCAGGUUACUAGAGACAACAGGCACAAAUCCCGUGUCUCGGGCACCCCAGAUCUGCUCAGGUUGAUCCCCGUUUCAACCUGUACCACUUCUAUGCAGACCACAGUAACCUUUUGGUGUCUGCCACGGUGCUGGCACAGCGUGAGGAGUGUCUGUCAGCCUCGGACCUUGAGAGCUGCUAAAAGCAAAUUUGAAGAUGGAAAUAGUGGUUGUUGGGUUUUUUUGUUUGGUGUUUCUUUUCUCUGUUGUAAAACUUGGCUGCAUAUAACAAUACCAAAGAGAUUACUUUUUCUUUCAGUCACACGCUCUGGAUUUUCUCUGUAAUAUGUUUCAUUUUAUGUUUAUUAAUCGCUGAACUAGUCGUUUCUGGGGGAAACCUCUCCUUCCCCUGUGCAUGCUGUACCUUCCCUGUUUUCUCUGUGCAUGCGCUCUCGCGUACAGCCUGCGAGCUGGGUGGCUGUGGGUUGGGACCCCUAAAGGUCUCAGGGUGUGGAUUUAGAAAUGGCUUAUCAUGCACUGAGUGAGCGCUGUCUCAACGCAGCAGAGAUGCUGGUGGUGGGACAGGGGUUUGAAAAAGAGAAGCAGCGUGCCCAUGGUGUGUGCUCUGCCCUUCCUUCCUCCUGGCUCUGCUUUGCCCUGCUCUUCGCAGAAACUCUGAAAUUCUUCCCAGCCUCGGAUCUUGCGUUACGGAAGGAACAGGAUCUUCAGUGAGACGUCUCUUUGAAGGUCACAGUGUCUCUUCAGAUGAGUUGUUUUGAACUCUCUGACCCUGAUGGGGGGUCACUGCUCAGCCCGCGCCGCUUUGGCAGCAGGAAUGAGCAGUGAAAUCAUGUCCAGCUCUACCCGUUGCUGCAGCCCAAGAUCCAAGUACUCACACAGUGCUCCACAGCUGGCUGGGUUCAUUGCGUGGUACCUGCCUCUCUUUUGGGCCUGAAACGGGAAAGAAACUAUGAAUUUGGAAGAUGUACUCUUUGCUAGCUUAGAUCCUGCGUGAUAUUUUUCUUGAAGCCUGCCCGGUCAGCUCAGCCGGGUGAGCGUUCCAGGCAGCAGAGCCAGCGUAAAGCAAGGCAUUUUCUAAACUUCGGUGUGGGCCUGGAACUUGCUGAAUGUAUCCAGGAAUUUGGCAACCGCAAAAAAAUACGGUGGGGGGAGGGAGAGUGGUAUGCGCCUGUCCUGCUUUGAGGUCAAGCAGAACUAAUUUUCUGUUCUGAAAGGUAAUCUUUGCUGCGUGCUGUCUGCAGAAGACAAUCUGUGUGCUUUUCCUGUGGUUCAGUGCAGGGUUGGUGUCCCGCUCUGCUUGCAAUAUAACAUCUUGCUUUUAGAGGUGAAGGGCGUGAGCAGGAUGAUACAGAGUCACAGUGUGGUUUGAGUCAGAAAGGACCUUCAAAGAUCAUCUAGUUCAACCCCUUGCCCAGGACAGGGACAUCUUCCACUAGAUCAGGUUGCUCAGAGCCCCGUCCAACCUGACCUUGAAUGUUGCCAGGGAUGGGGCAUCCACACCUUCUCUGCUUGACCUGUUGGGAUAUGUUGCAUCUGAGACCUUACUUAUUCUUUGUUUCUUGUGAAAUUGCACAAAAGGUACCCCAAGCAGGUGUAUUGAAAGCAACUCCACUUUUGAAUUGCUGGUUGUAGGUUUUCUAGACUUAACUCUUCCUCUGCCAUGUAAAAUGUAAUACACAGCACGUCACGGGCUGCCACCUCAGCAGGUCACCCACCCUCACAGUCAAAAUUCAAGCCCUGGUUUGACUCAUGGGAAAGAAAGAGAAAUGCACUUUGGCUUUUUGAAAUCUUGUGCCCAGGACCUGUGUCCCUCCUUGGUGUGAUACCCCAGGGAUGCACUGGGCUGGUGUGGGCUUGGCAGCUUGAAUUAGUCACGGGAUUUUACACGGACCCCGGUGGUGUGGGGAGGGUGCAUAUACACCUCCUCUGAAUCCUCCUCCUGCACAGAAGAGGGGCUAAUAUUUUUUAAUAGCAGUAGCUGUUGGGAGCUGCAGGCUGGCAGAAGGAAGCUGUAGGGUGAGGUGAUGCUGUGAGGGAGGGUGAGAAGCCCCCACAGCUGCUCUGGGGCAAUCCCUGCCCUGCGGUGCUGCAGGAGGUCCCAGGCUGGUGGCCCCAGGAGCAGCGUCCCGCGCGUUCCCUGCUGUUUGUUCCGUGCACUUGUGUGUGUCAUGCCUUCUUCUGUGGGUUUUGAGUAGAUCCUGUGUGGUCUGAUGUCCGACACCAAAGUCCCUGAUGUAUUGUGUGUAUUUUUUUGUAAAUUGUUUUUUUUUUCUUCUUCUUCUUCUUGUAAUAAAAUAUUACAGUUAUUUUUUAUAUACUUGAAA